UUGUUUUUCAGCUUCUUCAGAUUGGUAGCAAUUAUUGGAUGGCUCGGGCAACUCCUGUGUCAGAGGAUAUCAAACCCUUAGUCAAGACCUCUACACUACUACUGGUCUAUGUGGCAUUGGCCAUUGGAAGUUCUUUAUGCAUUCUUGCUAAAGCCAUGCUUCUUAACACUGCUGCUUACAAGACAGCGACUUUACUUUUCAAUAAAAUGCAUCAUUGCAUCUUCCGUGCUCCCAUGUCUUUCUUUGAUGCCACCCCAAGUGCGCGUAUCCUGAGCAGGGCUUCAAAAGAUCAAAGUGCAGUUGAUUUGAGCAUUCCAUAUCAAGUAGGUGACGUUGCCUUCUCAAUGAUUCAGCUCCUUGGAAUCAUUGUAGUGAUGUUUCAGGCUGCAUGGCAGGUCUUUAUUGUUUUUAUCCCUGUGAUUGCUACCUCUGCAUGGUAUCAGCAAUAUUACAAAUCUUCUGCACGAGAACUUACAAGGUUGGUUGGAUUAUGCGAAGCUCCGGUGAUACAUAAUUUGGCUGAAACAAUUUCAGGAUCAACAACUAUCAGGAGCUUUGAUGAAGAAUCAAGAUUCAGAGAGACAAACAUGAAACUGAUCAACUCAUAUUUUCGACCAGUAUUCCAUGCUGCUGGUGCUAUGGAAUGGCUUAGCUUCCGCCUAGAUAUGUUAUCUUCUAUUGCAUUUGCUUUCUCUUUGGUUUUCUUAGUUUCUAUUCCACCAGGAGUUAUUGAUCCAGUCAUUGCUGGCUUGGCUGUCAUGUAUGGAUUCCAACUGAAUACGCUGCAAUUCUGGGCAAUAUGGAAUCUGUGUAAUCUGGAGAGCAAAAUUAUAUCAGUUGAGAGAAUACUUCAGUAUUCUAGCAUCCCCAGUGAGCCUUCUCUUGUGAUUGAAACAAAUCGUCCAGCCCAUUCCUGGCCAUCACAUGGAGAAAUUGAUAUUCACGAUCUGCAGGGGAAAGGUUGAAUUCUCAAAGUUUGUAAGGGGCAAAGUGUUAUCUUUUUCAGCUUCCGCCCCUCCCCCUACAUGAAUUCUGCAAAAUCCACAGAAAUAGCCUCCCUUCCCUUCGAGAGAUGAUAAAGGGGUGUGCAUCUCUGUUAGAGCUUGUUUUGUUUGAGGAGAGCAUAGGGGUAAGAAAGUUAUUUCAACUAA